AAAGAGGGACUCGAAAAGGAAGGUAGAAAGAUUUGCGACGAAUAUCGUGAAUAGCGCCGAUAGGUUCUCCACAAUCUCGUAAAAAGUCCGACCUUCCGCCUUCGUAACGUAUAUAAACUCUGACUCUGAUUAACAUCGAAGUCGGACAACUGUCAAAUGACAAAUCUGCUUCAAAUAUUACGUUUCGAAGAUUGAAAUGGCAGCAGAGAUAAAUCCCGCACCGGGAGUAAAUCAUGAUAAAUUCAGCACAAGCCGCAAACCUGUACUUUUAUCGAAAUUAGAAGGAUGUAAUGACGAUGUCAAUGCAGCUAUCAUUAUACCGCGGGAAGAUGGUGUAAUUAGUGUUUGCGAUGACAGGACUGUUAGAGUUUGGCUGAAACGAGAUUCUGGCCAAUAUUGGCCCAGUGUUUGCCAAUAUAUGGCUGCUGGUGCAACAUCGAUGCAUUACUGUGUACAAACAAGGCAAUUAUUUGUCGGUUUGGAAAAUGGAACUAUAAAUGAAUUUGUUUUGGAGCAAGAUUACAAUCGAAUGACUGCUAUGCGUGAAUACACUGCACAUCAAGCAAGAGUUACAGGUGUUAUAUUUGCACAGAACUGUGAAUGGGUUUUAAGCAUAGGACGAGAUAAAAUGUUUCAAUUGCACAGUUCAGAAGCAGGUCAAAAAUUAGGAUCAUAUCAGACAGAUGCAUGGUACACUGCUUUACAAUUUGACGCUCAAUCGAAACAUGCUUUUGUUGGUGAUUAUUCUGGACAAAUAGCAAUGUUAAAAUUAGAUACCAAUGGGGUCACAUUAAUCACUACGUUGAAAGCACAUACAGGCAGCAUACAUACGUUAGCAUGGGAUUCUGAAAGACAACUUUUAUUUUCUGGAAGUUUCGAUCAAACUAUCGUAGUAUGGGAUAUCGGAGGACGUCAGGGUACAGCGUAUGAACUGCAAGGACAUCACAACAAAGUAACUGCAUUGUGCUAUGCAAGUGCAGAACGUGUGUUGUUAUCCGGAGGAGAAGACGGCGUAAUAGUUUGUUGGGAUAUGGCUGCGAAUAGAAAAGAGACCGCAGCAUGGGUAGAAUCCGAUACGUGCCAAGCUUGUGGAAGACCAUUCUUUUGGAAUAUUAAAGCGAUGAUGGAUCAGCGACAAUUAGGUUUGCGACAGCAUCAUUGUCGACAUUGUGGUCGUGCAUUAUGCGCACGAUGUACAUCUCAACGAAUACCAAUACCAGCAAUGGGUUUUGAAUUUGAAGUUAGGGUGUGUGACCCAUGUCAUAUUCAACUUAAAGCUGCAAACCAAACAUCUCUAGCAUCAUUCCACGACGCAAAGCAUAAUGUUGUCGGAAUGGAUCUGGAUGCUCCCAGACGAAGAUUACUGACGAUCGGUCAAGAUCGUCUCAUUAAGAUUUGGGAUAUUUCCGCGCUUCUUCAGUGAACUUCCAAACAUGUUUAUUUACAAUUAACGAAACUAAUCAAAUCGUAAGAUAUAAGAGUAUUUCAAUGUAAAAGUAUAAUAUCCAGAGCCUAUUUUUACGACCAUGAAAUCAUUUCGAAAUCAGUUUAUUUAAUUGCAAGUAAAUAGGUUUUUAUAUAUUACGAUUUGCUUCUUCUAUAAAAACGAAAAACAAAAAAAAAAAAAAAAGAACAAGAAGGAGAAGAAAAACCUCUAGAAUGCAAACACAUUCUACAACACCAAAAUAGGAUACUUGUAAAAUUAAAAGAAAAGAAAACGAUGUAUUUCACUUGCAAAUACUUUUUCAGCGGAGAAAAGUAACUCGAGAACUUGUUAAGCAAGUGGUAGAUAUUAGUAUAUUUUUUAAUAUUUCUUAUUUAAAA